AUAUUCUUUGUCACUUGUCGAAUACCCAUAGAUGUCUGCAGAUCCUUCUUCACCCAUUCCCUUCAAAGUGAGCAUUCCAGAUGAAGACGUUGUUCGGAUGAUGCGUCUCAUUAAAGAGACAAAACUGCCCGACCAACCGUUUCUCUCGGAUGCUUCUUGGGAUUACGGGCUGGAUCUGAAGUGGUUGAAGGAGAUGAGAGAUGUUUGGGUGAACGAUUUUGAUUGGAAGGAGGUCGAAAAAGACAUGAAUGCUUUCGAGCAUUUCCAUGUGCCGAUCGAGGGUGUAAACUUGCAUUUCAUAUACCAGAGGUCUCCUCGUGCGGACGCUGUCCCUAUCUUACUUUCGCAUGGCUGGCCUGGCUCGUUCUGGGAGUUCCAUCGCAUUAUCGAACUCUUGACCAACCCUCCUGCCGAUGAGCCCGCGUUUCACGUGGUAAUUCCCUCCCUUCCUGGUUUUGGGUUUUCAUCCCCACCAAUCAAGCAAGGAUGGACUAUGGGAGAUAAUGCCCGAAUCUUUGACCACCUCAUGACUGGGGUCCUAGGCCAUUCAUCCUACAUGGCUCAAGGCGGAGAUUGGGGUUCGUUCGUCACGCGUAUCUUGGGCUCGGACGCGUUUCCCGCUUGCAAACUCAUUAAUUUGAACAUGCUCAAUGGACCGCCCACGAUCGGAGCCCUGCUCACGUUGCCAUUCUUCCUCUUACCUACUUCGUGGCGUCAAUGGCUGUACCGUCACAUUUACAGUGAGGAGGAGUUGCGAGACCUCUCCCGCAGUGUACAUUUCGUCAAAACCGGCCUGGGGUAUCUGUUAGAGAACCAGACGCGACCUCUCACGAUUGGCUAUGCACUGUAUGAUUCCCCAGUUGGAUUAUUAGCUUGGAUAGGGGAAAAGUACAAAGAACAUGUCGACCCCGAGAUUUUCCCAGAUCGGAUUCACGACAUGCUUGCCAUCAUUUCGCUCUACUACCUAUCGGGUUCAUUUCCCACUUCGAAUCUACCCUACAAGGAGAACGCAAUCUUCGGCCAAAAGCAUGUUAUUACGAAGCCUUAUGGACUAUCUCAAUUUCCCUACGAUAUAUUCAUCAACCCUCUCCCUUGGUUAAAGGCGACGAGCCCGAACCUCGUGUUUGUGAGGAGACAUGUGUGGACAUUUCGCUGCCCUCGAAGUUCCGGAGUUGCUAGCUGGGGACUUGCGAGAAAUGGUUGCACAAAACCCGUACCUCAUUUUGUGUUUCUUAUCUACUCUGCUUCUCGCUAGUCGUACACGAUACACGGACUCAUCGGAAGAUAUCCAGAAUGCUUGCUAUAUCACUUCAUCAUCCAACAUCCUUCAUUCAGUCUUACUGAAACUUUUGUCUCCACACGAAUCGUCCUCAUUGUUGGAUUGAUUUUGUAUUCGAUAUGUGAGGGCAAAGAAAUCUCCCUGAGGGGCGCGGGCUUGCGGAGGAAACCAAUGAUAUGGGCGGUAGUAACAAUGUAGUGUGUGCUUAUUUAUCUAUUCCUCUUUGUUUCUGUU